UUUAUGAAAGACCAAAAGAAAAUACAUGAAGAAUUAGGCUUAAGUAUCAGUACUCUAGUCCAAGGUUAAAUGAGAAUUGAAGAUAUGAUUACUACUGGAACAUUAAGAUGUUAAUAUUGAUUCUAAUCUAAUAGCUUAUGGCGAUUAAAGUCCUGUUAAAAAAAUGUUACAUGCUCCAACUAUGAAACUUUAUGUUGUAAAAGAAGUAAUUCAUAAUAAUGAUAUCUAGGAACCUUUACAUAACAAAGAAAUUCGUAAAAACUUAAAAGAUUGGAUCUCCUUUUGGUAGAACAAAUUUGCCAAUUCAAAUUUGCAUGUUUAAGUCUAUGCUACUUUUUGGAAUACUCCUGAAGGUUAUGUAUCUAUUGUUAUGGAAUACAUGAAUGGUGGUUCAUUAUAAGUGAAUAUUAUUUCUCAUUCCUAGAAUCUUCUCGAGAGUAUGGGUUUCCUACCAGAAAGAAGUAUCAAAUAACUUGUUCCACCCAUUCUUUAAGGAUUAUAAAAAAUACAUCAAUAAGGAGCUUAAUGUCAUGGUGCACUUGGACCAUCUUAAAUACUUUUUCUUAGAGAUGGCACUGUUAAACUUGGAUAAGGUUUAUAAUACCGAGUUCAAGUUUAAGGAAAUUAAUUAUUUAAUUCUUAUAUACUUGGUAAACCUAAAGAUGUUUAAAGGUGUUUUAUUCAAUCUUAAUUAAUAGUCUUUAUGAUCCAACUAUUCUAGAAACACCUUCAUUAUGGAGUAAAGCAUCAAGCGAAAAGGUACAUUUUCCUGCCCAAGAUGAUUUCAUCUUAGAAAGAGCCAAUGAUAUUUGGAAAUUAGGAUGGUUAAUACUUAAUUGUGCUAUUGGAACACUUGAAUUUCAUCCUAAAGCUUAAUAAAUCUAUGAAGGAUCAAGAAUCAUUAUAGAGGAAAUUGCUAAAUACACAGAUCAUCUCAAGGACACUUGUUGUUUAUUACAUAGUGAAACUAAGAUCAUUUCAUUAGUGGAAUAAAAUUAAAAAAUUGCAUCUGAACCUACUAAAAUCACUAUAUUAGAAUUACUACCAUCUGAUAAAUUUAGUUAAGAAUUUAUUCAAUUUUUAUGUUCCACACUUAAAAUUGAUCCAAGAUAAAGACUUUAUACUGAAUAACUAUUAUAACAUCCAUGGCUAAUUGGAACAAAAGAACCUAAAGGUAUAUGCUUUUAGUUUUAUCCUCUAGGACCAAAUGUCUAACUCAAAGAACUACUUAAUAUCUCCAAUGCUUGGAAUGCAUUCCUACCAGAAGAAUUUUAAGGUUAAGGAGCAUAAAAAUUAGAAAGACUUUGUGAUGCAUUAAUUCUUGUCUUGUAAAAUUCAGAAAAACCUACUGCCAAUAAGUAUCUCUUCCAUUCACUCAUCAUUUAGGAUGCAGUUAUAAGAAAAUAGUCCAAUUAUUAAAGAACUAUCUUAUGAUAUGGGGCUUAAUGCCAAAGCUGUCAGUGAUCGAAUUGUGUCAAUUUUCCAAUCCUUAAACUGAUCUAGCAUCGCAC